GUAAUAGUUGUGAUCAGAAUUCUUGUUUUAAGAAAUAGUGCCUGAAUUUGCAUUUUUCCUCCUCCUCCCCAGACCUUUCUCAUGUGCUACAAAUUUUAGAAUUACAAUGUUAAACACACAGCAGUGAAUAAAAAUGGCUCAUAAGCAGAUAGUGUAUCUGUUACCUGUUUUAAUUUUUGCACUUAAUCUCUCCCAGUUAAACUCAACUGAAUAGCCUGCCCUAGCCUAGUAAUUUAAGAUGUAUUGCAUUACAAGCUGCAUUAUCUUUAGCAGCAGGGUCAUUUGUAUUGGGGAUGAGGAGAACUGUAUUUGAACACAGCUGGAGGGUACUAGAUUGGAGGAGAUUAGAGUUGAGGUUCUGGCUGUUACUGUAUGAGAUUAAGCAGCAGUGAAAGGUAAAUCUGGAUGGGGAAAGUGUUUGGAAGAUAAUCUAAUCUAGAGAAGGUUGAUUUUGGAGUUUCAUGCUUGUGGCUCAAACUCCAUGGUUCAUAUCAAUGUGUCACCUUGGGUAUGUUUCUUAUUGCUCAGUCUCUAAAAUUUGCCUUUUGCAAAAUGGAUGCUUCAGUUAUAAGUGUGGAUGCAUAGUUGUGUUUUGGGGCUGACAUCACAUAUUUACCCCCUCUACUACAUUCAUAAUCUUGGACAAGCCAGUAUUUUAUUUAUUUAGUUGAAUAUAUUUAUUUCUCAGCCUAUACAACAACAUAAAUAAUUCAAGAUGGCUUAUAUGUCAUAAAAGCAGUAAGCACAAAACCAUAAAUACUAACAUGAAAAAUAAAAUAGCAACCAGCAGCAGAGCAAAACAGAAAAUGACAAAGUACUCAAUAAAAUGAGCCAGCUAAAACUUUUAACAUUCCAGAAGUAGGAGCCAAUAAAACAGUAACACCCCGAGUUAAAAUAUCUAGGCAUAUAAAAACAUUAUCUAGCAUCUAAAAUGUGUAACAAUGAGUGUCAGGAUGGUGCAUGAAGUUGGAGAGGGGGGCUAGCCCCUAUCACUCUGGUUGUCAGUACUGAGGCCGUUGCCUUGAGUAGCAAGGUGCUAGAACCAGGGGAUUCUGCUUCCCUCCACUAGAAGGGCCUCCUUCCUCUCUGCUGCUGUGAUCUGCUCAUUCACCCACCCAUCAUUUAAAGUAGCCUUUUACCCACAGCUGGCAGCACUUUUUUUUAACAACAAACAGAGGUGACAAAGCAGGGUGAGUGAGAUGAGGCACAGAAGAAGAUGUAGCAGCGCUGGCUGGGUGCAAAGAAGGAGCAGCAACGUUUCUUUUCCCACCUCAGGUGGCAGGAGGGCUUUAGCCACUGUAACAGAGAGACCUUUUCAAAGGUGAAGUGCCACCAGCAAAAAGGAGCUCCUUCUUGCCUCCAGCAACUUAACCCCAUCAGUCAGCAUUUGUGGGCAGCUGCUAUGGCCCAGGCAUCCUAUUAGGUUUAAGAUUUAACCCCAGUUCAGUAGUCUGAGCAAUUUGAGAAGAUGGAUCUAGCUUUCCACCAUAUGUUCCACAGUGCCACUGGUGUGUGACACCCAGGCUACGGGUCAAGAGGCGUUGGUGGGAGUGCCAUCUCACCCCAAGGCAACUGUAGGAACCCAGACCGCUCCGCGUCCCUUUCCUCCCAAGCUGAUACAUCAAGCUGACACCUCGGAGUGGGAAAAAGGGAUGAAACGGUUAUCUGUAGCUACCCAGACCCCACAGGAUUUGGCGGGAAAAGAAGAAGGGAGGCGGGCCGUAGCGGAGGUGGGAAUGGGGGAUAAAAGGGGACCGGGACAGUAUCCCGGGUGGCUGGGAGAUGGUGUGGAUGCAGGACCCAUGGACUGGGGAGUGGGAGCAAGUGAGAGUACCUAAGCACGAGGCUGAGAGUCGCCGAAAGAAAGGACUACCCCAGCGCCCGUCUUAUUGGGGUGAGUCAGAGACUCAAAAGUGGUGGCACAAGUUAAGAGAGGAAAAGGAAGCUGCUGAGAGGGAGAGAGAAGCUUUGAGGGGAAAAAUGAGUCAAGCACAUAGAAGGACCUUUGGAUGCUUGAGAGAAGGUAUGGGUAAGCUGAGGGAAGUUGUGGUGAAUGUGGUCUAUAUAGGAUAGGCAGAAGAGCAAAAUGGUGCCAUCCUACUGUUUUGGAGACAUCAAACAACUGGAGAAGGAGAUGGGAGGGAACAAGGAAGAUCUUUUUCUUUUUUGUUACAUUUUUUUAUUCCACACACACACCCUUUUAAGGGAAGUGGGCCACUCAGACUCACGUAAGUUGUGAUGUGGUUUCUUGACCUGAAACCACCCAAUUCCUGUAUGUGGAUACAAGGAUCAUACCGCACAUAUAUGCAAACUUAAGAGACCCUAUUUAACCCAAUCCAAAACACUCCAAUUUGGCUAGCUAGUCACACCCUUACAUUUACAGUGGGUUCUUUGAGGCACAAUAAAAGUUCUUUCCGCCUUCUCCUGGUUAUUCCUUGUUUCUCUUAAGAUAGGAAGGGACUUAACUGCAAUUCACAUUUGCACUGUUUUGGGCUAAUGUGUACACACACAUAUACUUCUUGAGCAAGUUGCCAUUGCUGUUGCUUCCAUAUCAUCUUGAAGAUGCAGUGGCAGUGAUGACAACUGUGGCAGCAGCUUCUGCACUGAGCCUCAACUUGGCCAGUGCUCUCUUCUAGCUGGCACUAUAGUUUGCCUGCAUGGCUGCUUGGACUAAGCACAGGUGGGGGAGAAAAUAAGAAAGGGAAGAGGCACAGGUGAGAAGGGAAAACAGGCAAGGAAGUAAAGAUGGAUCCUUGCCAUCCUAGCUACAAACCUGGAGCAAAAUGAAACAAAAACAAAAAACAAAGCUAAAUAAACCAACCAACCAACCACUAUGCCUUCAUAAGGGAACAGAAAGCUCACAAAGCCAUGGGUUUUCUCAACAUUUAUCUAAGACAAACUUAAUGUUAUGUGGAUGGCUGGAAACAUAGAUAUCACCUGUGACAAGUCAAGCAUAUUUUGGGGAACGAAUGCUUCAUCAGAAAAGUCCUAUAUAACCUUAGGAGUAAGUACAACUGAAUUCAGGCCUGAAUUCUGCCUAUUGGCUGAGCAAAGACAAUGACAUCAAACCCUCCAGUGUCAGAAAGUAAAGUGAGCAAAACCUCCAGCGUGUCCCUCGCCAGCGAGACAGGAAGGAAAUCCCUUCACCACGCCUCCUAGAGCUGUGCAUAUAAACAGCAGCCGGCUGUGUAUAAGAAUGAAAGCAGCUGUUCCCUAGCAUACAGUGUGCCUCUGCCGUAGAAAAGUGUGCACCAUGGGGCUUCUACUCAGCCGGAUUCAAGAUGCUUUGCAGACUUUCUACGGGAUGAAUGCUCGUAUUCUCCUGGUGGGCCUGGACGCAGCUGGCAAAACAACCCUCCUUUACAAGCUGAAGUUGAAUGAAACGGUGACAACUAUUCCCACCGUAGGCUUCAAUGUGGAGACAUUACAGCCCAUCAAGAACAUCACUUUCACCAUGUGGGACGUGGGUGGUCAAGAUCGGAUCAGGACCCUGUGGAGACAUUACUAUACCAAUACAGAUGGGAUCGUUUUCAUGGUGGACAGCGUGGACUUUGAGCGGUUUGAGAAGGCCAGGUUGGAGCUGGAAGGAAUCCUGGAUGCCAGAGAGAUGGAAGGAGUGCCUUUGUUGCUGCUAGCCAACAAACAAGAUUUGCCUGGAGCAUGGCCCCCCAUGGAGGUGGCAGAAAAAAUGAGACUAAGGGAGAUGCGGUGGCACAGGUGGCACGUGCAAGGCUGCUGUGCUGUGAGUGGAGACGGCAUCCCUGAAGCAAUGGAGAAGCUCUCUGAGAUGGUGAAGCAGUACCACAACGCCAAAGGCAAAUAGUUAAUUGAAAGGCCCAACACGUCCAUCAUACUGCAUGAAGGACAUGAGAUACUCUUUUUCAUCUAUUACCUUUUCUGGCCCAGAGAUUUUUUUCCCGAGGGUAUUUGAUCAGCAAGUGCCUCCAGGACUCUAUUCUGUCUUGCUUGUCAACGGCAGUCGGGGAGAAGAUUUAUAUACUGUAUAUCCUUUAGUGUUUGGAUUGCCAUUUGGAUACAGCACAAGGUAUACGGCUCUUCUGAACUCUUCUCAGCAAUAUCUUUAUCCAAUAAAGGGCAUCACCCACUUUUACAUUUGUGUAAUCUUGGGGACCACAUGGCUUUUUCCUUCUUCUCUAUGGACUAUAUAAGACAGCAUCAUCUAUAAGAAAACAUCAACUCUCAACACCAGCCCUGUGGAUUCUUCACAUCAACCAGAGGUGACUGCAAAUUGAAGAAAUGUUUCCUUAUGCUCGCCGGGUUAAAACAUUAAUUUGGCACAACUGGCUGCUUCUACCUGGUGAAUAAACCAAAUGAUAACUUGUGCUAGAGGCUGCUAUGUCCUUGUAUUGUUUCCCCACCCCAACAGCCAAAAAGGAACUUUUUGUUUUGAAGCAGGCAAUAUGAGAGAGAGAGAGUGUGUGUGUGUGUGUGUAAAAUCACAGAGCAAUUGGCAGCCUUUUAGUCUUAAGUGUGGGGUAAAUAUUCCAACCAUGAUGCAAGGAUGUUUGAGAGCAACAUCUCAAGAGGACUGAGAUCACAUCUCACAGAUAUGAACCAUCAAUUUUUGGACUCUUGUCUACACAUUUCCUUCAGUAUCCAUGGAGGUGCUGUGUUCUACCUGAUAAAGUGGGGUUCCUCGAUAAAAGCUUACAAUUUGUUUAAUUUUUAAAGUGGUCCAAUAAAAUAAAUCACCCAUUCUUACAUUUUUGUAAUCUUGGGGACUGCACUGCAUUUUCCUUGUUCUCUCUUGUUUAUUCAGGAUUUAACCAUUACAAGAAAUAUAGAAGCAAGCUAAGGGUUCCAGGCCCUCAAAACGUUAAUAGUUAGAUCUACCAUAAUCUUUGAACCACUUUGAAAUACUAGAUGUUGUUUUGUCCAGUGCCACUUAUAAUUUCAUCAGGCUGUUUUGAGGAUCUGAUUCUUGCUUUAUGUCACAUUUACAAAUUUCACAAGUAACAAUAAAGACAUUCUUUAUAAAAAUGGCUUGGUAUCUUCCUCAUAGUCUGGAUUUAGCGUGUAUUUAUGCAUUACCCCCUUUCCUCAAGCUACUGUAGAAAUACGGUUAAAAGCUUUGUUUCCUUUUCAUUUGGAAGUUCUAAAGGCUUACAAUGCCCUCAGAAAUAAAGAGCAGUCUUGCAUUUACUCCCAGCUGACUUGACAGCACACAGUUAUUAUUAC